AUGAAUGUACAUUUGGAUGACUCGAGUAGCAAUGGUAAUUACAUCGAAUUGAACGACACCGAAGAGGUUUUGUAUAGGUACCUCACGAUAACCCUCUAUUUAUGUUGGAUGUUGUGCAUUUUAACACUUGUUAUUAUUAGCAUACAUUUCAUAGAGACUCCUUGUGAAGCGUGUGAUUAUUAUAACAGGGUAGUGGUCAUUAUUAUAUUAAUAAAAAGUAUAUUUCACAUAAGUUUAACAAUUAUGAGAAUAAAAAAAAGAGAUGAAAUUGAAAAUGAUGAAAGGUUAAAAAAUUUGACAAUAUAUUUUAUAAAACUAUUUAAUUCUUUAACUUUUUUUUUAGCAUUAGUAUCCCUAUAUUUAUUACAUUUUUAUAAUAAUAAAUGUUCAUUCAAUACUGUAGCACUGAAAUUCAUAAAGCUAUACUACUACUUUACUAUUACAUUAUAUUUUUUACCGCUUUUAUUUUACAUAUCACUUGGUUUAUUUCUAUCCUUAAUUAUUUGUAUCAUUAUAAACUUCUCCGUUGAUGAAAAUGAUCGUAUACCAACCCCAGAAAAUGUUAUAAAAAAGUUGGCCGUAUUGAAAUAUAGGGAUUUGGAUUUUGUGCAUAAUAGGGAAAAUAAAAAUAAUAUAAAAAAAAAAAAAAAAAAAUUCAAAAAACCAUCUUUUGAAAUUAUAUUCGACAAGGUAAAACGGGCAAUGAGAAGAAAAGACAAAAAGGACAAGAAAAAAAUUAAUACGCAUUCAACUUCAAAAAAUGAAAACCAUGCAGACGAAAAUUUAAAGGAGAUGUUAAAGCCACUUAAUCCAAAUGACCCAAAUGAACAGUCUAAUCAUGCGAAUGAAGUUUCGCCAAUUUGUUUCUCUAGCAGUGGUUUCAAGGGUAUAUCUAAGGAGCAGCACAAGGAGCGAGACAAGGAUCGUGAAAAUGGAGAAGAUAUUGAUAGAGCCAGUGAUGGAGCCAUUGAUCAGGGAAUUGAACGAGAAGACGAAGAUAUCUGUUCUAUAUGUAUGAUGAGUUAUAAUCCCAAUGACGAGGUAAUGAUAAUGCCAUGCGACAAACGCCACUUCUUUCAUGUGGCUUGUCUGACAAAGUGGUUAUAUAAAAGUCAGGUUUGUCCAAUUUGUAGAACCAACAUCGUUACUUCCCUUAAUGCUAAGAAUGAAAUUGUUUGA